ACGCAGACGAUUACAAUGACUUGGUGUGGAGAGGGAUGAGGAGACGUGACUUCUCUCUCUACAAGGAGUAUGUCACUGAUAGAUGUCCUGAUUUCAAGGACUAUCCCUGGUCGGAGAAGAAUGAGGCCGUGGCAGAGGAAGUGAAGGAGAUACGGGAUAUGGUGAAGGGAUUGACGAGACAGGGCCGACGAGAUGGAUAUAGGGACGACAGAUACGAGAGGUCGGGUCGAGAUGGCUACAGAAGGAGUAGAUAUGAGAGAGGAGAUCGGGACUGGGAACGACAAGAUGGGUCGCGCGGACGGUUUGAGCGCGGGGGAAAUGCGAGAGAGCAGCGCGACGAGUCGCGGGGAUGGUACAACCGAGGAGACCGGCGCAACGAUUCGCGCGGUCGGAAUGAGAGAGGGGGAUAUGACGUCUCAUCAGAACCAUAUCCCAAGUCGCCUGACCCCAAGGCGGCCAGGAAUUCGAUCUCUAGAGGCGCAGACGACAGGGCAUCUACUCCCAGGAACUCAUGCGUCUACUGUAGAGGAGAAGAUCAUAUCAAGAGGGAUUGCCCGGACCUCAAACGGGCAAUAGAUGACGGACUUGUCAUGCUUGACGACCGUAAGUACGUCAAGUGGGCAGAUGAUCUGCGAGAUGUAUCGAUGUUCCCUUCGAUGAAGGAGAAUGUCGAAGCAAGGAGAAUAGAGACGAGUAAAGGAAUGGAGCCGGUCAGGAGCCAGAGCAUCAAGAUAAUCUUUGAGGAGGAUAUCGCGACCACACCCAUAAGGGUGGCAGCCACUAAGUCGGCAAGAGGGUCUACAUCGAAGAAGACUGACACGGAUUACAAGGACGCUGGAGGGAAGGAAAGACCGUUAAGAUUUGAGAGUAGGACACUUAAUACGGCAGAGCGUAACCACAAUCAAUUCAAGAAGGAAGUGUUAGCUGUACUCCGAUGUCUAGACACGUUCAGACACUAUAUCUAUGGGCGACGGUUCAUCUUGAGAGUAGACCCCACCGCGGUUGCCUCUGUCCUCCAGAAGGACUUUAGUUUGACGGACCCGACCAUCGCCCGAUGGUUAAUACGGAUUCGGCUAUACGAUUACACGGUUGAAAGAGUAUCUGGUACGAAAAAUGUCGUGGCAGAUGGGCUUUCACGCAUCCCUCUCGAGCGUCCGAUAGUAGCUGGGGCUCUGACAAUGGCAGAGCCGAGGCGCGCCGAGAGAUUCCUGGUUAAUCUUUACGAGGGCAAGUACCGAAUGAUCGGACUACACCUGACGGGAGAGGAGAGUCAAGAUUUAGAAAUCCGGAGGCAAGCAGCCCAGUACUGCUUUAGAGCGGGCCACCUUUUCCGAAGGCCAGUAGGGUCGGGAAUGCCCUUACGAGUAGUCUAUGAUCCUGAGGAGAGACAGACGAUAGUUGCGGAACUUCACGACGGGGUAGUCGGAGGACACAGGGGAGUUAAAGGAACCUAUGAAACGAUACGCCGGCUGUACUGGUGGGAUGAACAUUAUAAGGACGUCGAGAGGUACUGUAUGACAUGCGAAGAGUGCAAGAAGAGAGCUCUUGUGAAAUACAAAGAGCCACUUCAUCCAUCCUAUCCGACCAGACCAGGAGAGAAGGUACACAUCGAUCUAGUGAAAAUGCCGAGAGGGGUAGGCAAUAUGAACUACGUCGUGAACAUACGAGACGAUUUCACUGGGUUCGUGGACGGUAGACCUAUCAGGAGUAAGGCGGCAAAGGAAGUAAAGAGCUUUGUCCUAGAGUACUUAUCUAGGUAUGGUUGUGUCAGCAAGAUAGUGAUGGACAGAGGGGCGGAAUUCMUAGCCGACGAGGUCCAGAGUGUGUUUAGGAGAGCCGGUGCGAGAGUUUCGAUAGCCACCGCCUAUCACCCACAGUCGAACUCCCCAGUAGAGAGGGGACACCAGACUCUGAUAGCGUCACUGUCCAAGUGGUGCAAGGGUAAGGACAGUGAUUGGCCACGAUAUUUUCGAUACGCGAUAUGGGCGGACAACGUCACGGUCCGGGCUAGUACCGGAUACCCACCGUACACCUUGUGGUUUGGACGACAUUGUGCGCUUCCCAUGGAAUUUCACGUCGACAGCUGGACAACCAUCGACUGGGCGGAGGAGAUGUCCAGAGAGGAACUCUUAGCUGCCCGAACGAGACAAAUAGCCUACGGUUUGGAAGAAGACCUCAUGACAGCGGCAGACUGUCUGGUAGUGGAAAGGGAGAAGGGUAAAGAGAGAUGGGAUAAGAACGUGCGAAUCAGGAAAGAGAGGGUGAGCGUAGGAGAUAUGGUCCUUCUCUACGAUGCAGCGCUGGAAAGGACCUGGACCGGAAAACUUGCCAAUAGAUGGAUGGGACCUUACAGAGWGGUUGAGGCACUUGACUGGGGUGCAUAUAUGAUAGCAGAACUAGACGGAUCUAAGUGGAAGGACCCAGUGGCGGGGGCUAGGUUAAAGCUGUUUAGGCCCAGGCCCACGCCCGCUUUAACACUAACCAGCCCGAAAGGGAAAGGGAAAGCCAUGAUGGAGGAUGGAGCGCCCUCGAGGCAAUUCGAGCCAGGAGAGAGCUCCAAGAAAAGGAAAAGAGUAGAGAAGAGAAAGGUCAAAAGGGUAUCUCUAGGAAGAAAGAAGAGAUGAUUAUUCGUGCUCAAGCGACCUAGACGGAGAGUUCGCGUUAGACGUACUGGCCGGUCGACACCCUUCUCGGGGCAAAGACAGAAGAAAAAGAGGAUCGUGCCGGGACCAAAAACCAGAAGACACAGGAGAGUCAAGGAGCAUCUUCUUAGCCCCAUGACUUAUAACAAACUGAAACAUAUGAC